AUGACAGACGCUGACCUGGCGGCAUCGAGUCACCCGCUGUGGCCUCGCUGGAAAGGACUGGUUCGUUUUCUCCGUUCAAGCCGAGGUGCACUGCCCUCAGCGCAACCAGCGGCGAGACUACUCCGAACGUCGCAUCGCUUGACCCGGACGCUAACAGACGAAGCGGAUGUGCAGUUGGAUGUCAGCGGGUCUCGCUUUCUGCUGACGAGGCGCAUCCCUGACGUGGAGCCAAACCGUUUUCAGUGGCUCAUCUACGUGGGCGACUGCAGCACAAGCCCAGGUACAGUCGAUCGUGACCCCGCAGGUCAUCUGCUCCGCCUUUGGACGGCUGAACCGCUAGUCCCCGCAAAAAGCUCCGGCAAAAAGCGUCGUUGGCCUUGGCAGCGGCGGGACGAUGCUCCAGACUGGCGGUAUGUGUUCGCUCUCGAUCCUGCGGGGCGGUUUGUCUACGGUCUCGCGGUGUCCGACUGCACCUCAUGUCGCGUAGACUGGGCGAGCAUCGAAACGCUCAACUCCAACGGAAUGAGAGAGGAGGCAGUAGCAGCCUCAGUAAAGAGUCGAUGGCUCCGACUGGGCCCGGGCGAAGACCUCCCCGAGUCAUCCACCCAUGGCGAUCGCCUCGUUCACUGGUGUAUUCAACCGGCAACGCAGCACGCCAGAGGCAACGGUGAACCUGCUAGCCAGGUGGUGUCCAGUGCUGCGCCAAUCGGUUGCAAAGUCGAGGAGGCUGGCAUGCCUCGCGAGACUGCUGCAUUCCAUGUCUAUACAGCAGCGGGCUGGCACGCUUGCUGGACGCUGGAUCGUGUCUCUGGGACACCGUCGUCACGGCCAGUGCUGGUUGAGAGCCUCGAUGCGCGUAUCUGCUACGGCUGGCAGCAACAGCAAUCCGAGAGCAGGUGUCUCGAGAGCUGGUUGCUUGCCUAUCGAGAGCGCGAUGCAUCGCCGAAAGAGUGGCUGUUAUUUUCUGGGUCUCCACUGUGCCAGCGUGCAGUUUGGAGCGAUCCCAGCGGUUUUCUGGCGGAGGAGAUUGACUUUGCGGUCGUUUUUGCACAUGGUGCAUUUCUGCUAUGUGGCAGUCACACGAGGAAACGAGUCGCGCUCUUUGACCUGCGGCCUGGUGGAUCACAUCCGCUUCGCUGGACACGUGCAUCAAUGGAGCAAGAGCAGGAGCAGCAGGUGGCGGCAUUGGUGUUAUGGGCAGUGCCCUGGGGCUCCGAUAGCGUCCUAGUCGCCAUCUCGCAUGAGAAUGGAGAUCGAAGCGAUCCGAGUGUUGUUGGUCGCCUCGAAUGCUGGCGCUGGGACUUGCUCGACCCAGGAACGACCUCUGAGCCUGAACGCUUGUUCGUCAUCGACUGGACGAGCCUGGUGCGGGAUACGGACGCAGAUGUGGGGUCAGCGCCGCCUCCCAGCGAGUAUGGAUGUGCAGCAUCGACGCUCGCUCCGAAUGUACAGACUGGUGCAGACUCGAAUGCCACCGCGAGCGCCACCACAACGACAGCAGCACUGGAAGCGCAAACACCAGCACGCCGGUAUCGCUGGACGUGGCUUGGCUGGCGCGUGCCCAGGAAGCAGGCUUUAAGGCAGCCUGCUGAAGCGUUGGAUCCAGCAGCACCAACGCUCGUACAGAUGUGUGCGGUGGGGGCUGCACAAGCGCUAGCGCUUCUCGUCGACCAGCAUCACGGCUACGUGGUCUACCUCGAGCAGCCAGAUCGCGCUAGUGCCCUGGCAGAAGUGCUUCUGGAGCACGACUCAGACACUUGUACCGCGCUGAUGCAAGCGAUGCACAUUCCAGCGCCCAUGGAGGCACUUUUGCGUUGGCGAUGCUCACCACGCGACGCUGAUGCAGCCAGGGCACUCGUCGCUGCACUUCCGACCGAGUGGCGCUGGGCUGCAGCCUACGAGGCUAUCCAGAACCGCGCAGCAACGCUGAGUGCAGCACGCGUUCUGCUGCGGGCUGUGAACGCUGCCCAGGUUCCGCGUAUGGUAGCAGAGGUUGCAGGUCUUUCCGCAACGCUCGUGAGUGAACGAGCGUUCCUGAUCAGUGCGCUCUCCGCGGAUGCCUUAUCCGCCGAGCAUUGUCGCGUUGCCCUUCUGCUGCACCAGCGGGCUGGCUGGGACGUUGUGCUCGAGUACCUCGGCGCGUGCAGUGCAACCGCAGCGCUUCGAGUGCUGCUCCUCGAUGAACAGGAGGUGUCGCAGCAGCAGCAGCCGUCCAUCUUGGACCGGGUCUGGAAGGCAACACCGCUGACCGCGGAUCCACAGCAAUGCACUGCACUUAUCGAGGCCAAGUUUCAACAGGAUCGUGACCCGCUCAAGACCGUAGACUAUUUCAGGGAACAUGCCGGGCGCCUCGACGACGCCACCGGCUCUCUGCGUUUGGUUCAUCGACUCCUCGCCGCAGUCAUGACCGUUCUGGACGCUUCACAGGCGAGUCUGGAGCCAGCCUCAUCGGUAGCGAGUGCGCGUUCAAGCGCCACCGAGUUCCUACAACAGACGCUACGCCUACGCGAGGCGCUACAGUGGGAGCAGUUGCAGCCACAGGUCGAAAACUUGUCCUUAUUGGAAUUUGCACGCAUGGAUGCGCUUCAGGUACUGGAGCGCCUCCUCAAGGCCAGUCUUCAGGCAAUGCAGACCGGGCGCGCACUCCAAGAGGCGUCCAUGCUCAGGGAGGUGCUCGAAAGCGACCUGGUGAUGCAUAUGCUCGAAGGCGUCCGGGCGCUCGAUGCACACCAGUUCUUGGAAUCGGCGCUGGAGGCUGCGUUCAUGAACGACGCAAGGCCGCUGGAUACCAGGUUCGGCGCUGUGCAGAUCGAGGGAUGGUGCAAUGUGCUCUGCGAGCUCCUGGAAGCGUCGCGUUCGUGCAAACUUUGUCGGAAACUUGACUGGCGGGACGCGUAUUUCCAGAACUGGUGCUGGUCUUGGCUUGCUCGAGCGCUUCUCAUCCGCGUCGCGCUGACCCGGUCGCAGGUUGCACGACUCGCUGCAGCGCUGCGUGCACACGACGAAGCGGAGCCCAUGCUGGAGAGCAUUGCGCUCAGUGAAAUGCUCUCCAGCGAUACACCGGAUCCUUACGAGCGUCUGCAACUGCGACAAUGGCUCUGGCAGGCACGACAGGAGCAGCUGCAGCGGCCUUCUUCGCGACUAGUCGCUGGGGAGUGGCGAAAGCGGUUGAUUUCAGGUUACGCUACCGCUGCUGGUAUGCAGGCAUCGGACUCGCUGGAUCGUUUAGAGGCGCUUCUGGAGAUACAUGGACUGCAGCUGGACUGCAGGGAGCGGCUGAGCGGUCUCCUGGCCGCUUAUCGCCGAAAUACCGCACUGGUGACGCACCUGGUUGCUUGCAUCGAGCAGUGCGGCGCGAGUGAGGUUACGGACGCUGCGAGCCUGCUCUGGCAGGUGGCGCUCUUCUGCUUCAAAGAGGAAUCGUAUCCGGUGUCGUGUACGGAGCAGCUGCUCCAGUACGGGGCAAAAACGUGGCGAAGCGGAUCGCCAGCGCUCCAAGCUCGCAUACGGGCGCUCUUACAGACCGCACGAAUGGUGCUCGCGCUCCAGGAGCUGGGCUUGCCCACGUUGCAUCCACGGCGUCUGGCUUGGGAAGCACGUCCAGCGGCUUGGCUGUGGCACUUUUCCGAGCUCAUUCAACGCUCUGAAACACGCGCCGGUGAGCCGGAGCUGCAGCAGGUUGCAGCACUGGGUCACUUGGACACCGCAACGGCAUGGUUGCUGGCGCGUCGAACGCCCGACACGCCCUCAGUUUUGGACUCGAUGAUGUACUAUCCACCCGAUGCGGUUGCUUGGCUACGCAGCAACUGCCGAGAAGCAGCGCUGCACAGCAGUUUACAACGCGGCUACUCGAAUGAUGACAUGGAUGCGUCCCGUUAUCGUCUAUCGCGUCUGUGGGGUACGCUGGCACGUCGCCUGCUGGACGAGGCCGAGCCGUUUCGACCCCAGGUCCAGCAACUCAUUUUUGACCAGCUCACAGCGAAAGGCGCUCUGCCGCUGGACCUCGCCUGGAUUCAGCGCUACUACGGAGGCGAGCCCAGCGUCGACCACGCCGUGCAGGUUGCUUGCACCGCGCCCGUUUCAACGAUUGCUGCAGAGGCGUGGCGGUAUCGCUUGACCGUACCAGCGAUCCUGUAUAGGUACCCGCUGGAACAGCUGGACCCGACAUCCUGGCUCGAUACGAGCAUCGCGCUCUGGAUCCUCCGUCAGCCAGCGGAUACCCCGGUGGGGCGCGCACCAUUCCUUCCACCCGCUGGGGAUGUGCGUCUGCACACCUGCGGCAUGUUGCAGCACUGGGCAAGCGAGCCAGCUAUGCCAACAGCUGCGCAAGCGCUGGUGCUCAAAUUUCAGCGAGCUGCUGAGGCUUUCUGCGAGGCUUUCCGCUGGGUUUCACAGGUGAUGCAGCACCCGGCGCUCGAGCAAGAUACGGAUCUGUGCGAGCGCUAUGUCCGUCGCUUCCUUGAGGAUGCAAGUUACCGCGAGACGGUCGUCGUAGCAGCACUAGCGCAUACGACUGAUGAGGGACGGCUUGCCGUCUUGAUCCAACCGGAGAUUGACGCUGCCGCUCGGCUUGGGGUAUCGUCGGCGCAGUGCCGCUUGGAGCAUGUUCGGUGGUGUUUCGAACAGGCACAGCGAGCUGGUGCUGCUGCUGGUGCUGCUGGUGCUACUGCUGCUGCUGCUGGUGUCGUCGACGUCGUCGAGGCCACAGCGCCCCGCUCACCGAUACGCGGAAGCACGCUGUCGUCGGUGGAGUCACCGGCGCGUUGGCACCAGGAGCACGCCCUUGUGACGUUGCUGGUGCAGCACGAUGGACUCGGGCAGGCGCUGCUUGCACUCACGAAUGAGCAUCUGGAGGCUAUGGCACAAAAGGCGCCGCAUCCGCUAGUGUAUUUGGUGCUGGCGUCCACGGAACGACAUCCGCGAGCAGUUGCGCUAUCCGAGGCAUUGCGUGAGCACGUCGUCGAUAUGGCGUUGGAUUGGGCGUCACUGUGGCUACUGUUUACUGCGAAUGCGGAUGCAUACGGGCCCCUGGCAACCUACCUGUGCGAGCGCUCCGCAACGGACCCGGAAGCUGGCCUACAGCUCUGGCGCCUCGUAGCGAUAUGUGUAUCGACGCCAGCGCCGCUCUUGGCUGCGGCGGUCGAAGGGUUCCUCUCACGCGCCUCAUCAGCGGAGCAAGUUUAUCGGUGGCUUCUCGAGACCACGCGACACGAUGACGAUGCCGUUCGACACGAGCUUCUCGGCGUCUGGGCCGCGGCACUCGUACAAUGCGGAGGACGAUCAGUAGGAACAGCAGCAGCAGAGCGCAGCCGUAUUUUCGAAUGGAUCGACGGAUUCCCGCUCGAUACCAUGCGAGGCGGUGAGGAGCUUCAGUGCGAGUCUCAGUUUCUCGUGUUCUUUGUUCGACGUGUUCUUGAAUAUAUGGAGGCGCUUUGGAACGAUCGCGUCCUAGCGAGCGCGCGGGUGUCAGCAAUGCUCUGUGAGCGCUACGCUUCUGCAUGCUCAGCGGCGUUCCAGGCGAGUCUCGGCAGCGGGGAAUUGUCGCCAGCAGUGCUGAACACUCAGGAUAGCUCGCUCGGCGCUCGUGCAGAGCGCUCCGCAGACCGGCUGGUUGUGGAGCAGACGUUAGCGUGGCUGCGGACGUUGUCGACAGCGGAGCUGCAGCAGUGGCAACCGCGACUGCAUGCCAUUUUCGCUAUCGCGGACGCUACGGUAUCCUUGACGGUUCCCGAAGCGGCCGUUCCAGCACGUGACGAGGCACAGCGCCGUGUCGAGCAGGAGGAGUCCAACGCGGACGCAUCACCCGUUUUGACUAGUGAUAGCGCGUCGAACGAGUCCACGGAAGAUUCCAUUGUGGCAGGUAUCUUACGUGGUAACAUCUGGCAAGCAGGUUCGACGUUAUUACAGCGUCGUCGUUGGUCAUUGGUAUAUGGCAACACACCAGAGGCGGCGCUUGUGCUUCUCCAGCGUCACCUGGAGGAGGCGCUCGCGACGUCGUCAAGUGGUGUGGAGGCGUCACGUUUCGCGUCACGCUCUGAAGUGCUGCGUGCGCUGGCUGUCGUAUCCGAGUGGCGCACGGCGCUCGGGCUACCGGAUACUUGA